CGGGGAAGGGAGCGGGAGAGCCGGAGGAGGAGGCCGCCGGGGCGCGCGAGGAGGCGGGGAAGCCGGCUCGGCCCGCGGCCCGGCCGCUCCCCCGUGGGCUGCAGGUGGAGCCGAAGAGGCAGCCGCUUCCGACGCCGCCGCUCGCCGGGGCUGCCUCCCAGGCCCGAGGCUGCGGGCGUGGGGCGCCCGGGGCUGGCGGCCGGCGCGCGGGCCCGCGCGGCUCGUCCAUGGCUGAGGGCCGGCGGCGGGAGGACGAGGACGACGAGCUGCGCGAGCGCCGCGAGCUCGGGGGCCCGCGCCGCGCCCGGGGCCGCGUGCUCUCCGGCCACCCGGCCGCAGAUCGAAACGAACGAAAUAAACCAGAGCAUCGUUCUUCAAGCCAAGGACCCUUGUCAUCAAUUAGAGCAGUAAUCAAGAGAUCUUCUCGGACUUCUAUUCAGAGUGAACUUCAUCGAGAUAGGAGGCGCCCAGAGAUCACCAUUGUGGCAGCUGAGCCUCUGAGGCCCACCUCGUGGUUUCCAGGAGCCCACCCACCAGGACUGGCAUUUCCCCCGGCUUCUGCAGCAGGCCCUUGGAGGCCUAGUGAGCUGGUUCCUGCUGAGCUCCCACCAUCUUAUGAACAAGUCAUAAAAGAAAUCAACCAAGUUCAAGUUAACACUACAAAUAAUAAUAAUGCUGCUGCCACUCCACGGCACACUAUUACUUCAGCAACUCAGACUGACUUUUCAGAAGAAAUAGACAACCAUCUGCCUCAAAGUAAUGCAACCCUGCAGGCACCUCUGAAACCCCUCCAGCCUUCCCCAGCCAUCUCAGCCAGGCACCCUCCGACAAAUGAGGAGCCUCUAAUAGUCUUUGAUAUUUCUGAAGAACAGAAUUGUCCACAAAACUCCAGUGCUCCAAGAUGUCCAGUGCCAAAACCAAGAUCAAAAAGCAACCUCAGACCAGUGGCCAGAGAUUCUCACGUUAAAGAGCAGAAUUCCCGGAGCAGUCCGAUAGCCGCGCAGGAGGAGGCAGCCCCGAGCCGGCCCCCGCCUCUGUGGGAAGGUACCAGCCACCCCGAGGGUCAGGCCGUGAUGAACAUGAUGAACGCAGAGCAGAGCCGCAGCACUGUCGUUUCCAGGAUCAAAGCACUUGAGGGUCAGACAAAUACAGAAAGCUUGGGACUGCCCAAGAAGCCAGAGAUCGUGCCCCGCACAGUCCCGCCAAGACCUGCUGUUUCCUCAGGGAAACCCUCGCUGGCUCCCAAACCUACAGCCAACAGAGCCUCCGGAGAAUGGGACUCCUGGGCGGCAAGCAGACUCAGGGGGGCCCCCACCCCUCACUCUCCACCGAAGGAAGCAGGGAGCAGCCCCGUCACCAAACCCGAAUUGCCAAAGAAACCAAAUCCUGGCCUUAUCCGGAGCAUUAACCUUGAGAGUCUGGGAGGAGGGCCUGUGGCUGAGAGUCCCAACGGUGGGAAGAAAGCCCCGACUCCCGCUCCCCGGCCUUUACUGCCCAGGAAAUCAGUGUCCUCGGAAAGCACCCCCUGCUCUGCGGCUUUGCUGAAACCAGUCCCUGUGCCUCCCCGGCUCUCGGUGGCGUCACAAGCCAAAGCCUUCAGGUCACUGGGAGAAGGCCCCCCAGCCAGCCCCCCGGUCCCUGCGCAGCAGAGCCAGCCUCCGGGGGACAUAGACCUCAUCAGCUUCGACGACGAUGUUUUACCCGCACCGUCUGGGAGCCUGGCUGAGGACUCUGCUGGUCCAGACAUGGUUCUGGAUCCCUUUCAGCUCCCCACCAGAACAGAACCAACAAAGGAACAAGCAAUUCAACCAGCACCCACCAGGAAGCCCACUGUGAUUCGAAUUCCAGCCAAACCAGGAAAAUGUUUACAUGAAGAGGAUCCACAAAGCCCACCUCCUCUCCCUACUGAAAAACCUAUUGGAAACACCUUUAGCACAGUAUCUGGAAAGCUUGGUAAUGUUGACAGAACUAGAAACUUGGAAUCUGACAUUGCUGGUCAAUCAGGAGGAUCUGUGCGAGGACCCCCAAGGUUGCCACCCAGGCCUGUAAAUGGAAAAGUCGUACCAGCUCGACAGCCUCCUCCCAAGGGGGCCCCUGAGAGACCACCUCCCCCUAAACUUCCAGCAACCAGAACAUCAAAUAAAAAGCUGCCUUUUAAUCGGUCUUCUUCUGACAUGGAUCUUCAGAAAAAACCAAGUAACUUGGCACCUGGACUCUCAAAAGCCAAGAGUCAAGUCUUUAAAAAUCAAGAUCCAGUACUGCCCCCGCGUCCCAAACCAGGACACCCUCUCUACAGAAAGUACAUGAUGUCUGUGCCUCAUGGAAUUGCCAAUGAAGAUGUCAUCCCACAAAACCCUGGAGAACUUUCUUGUAAGCGUGGGGACGUCCUGGUGAUACUGAAGCAGGCAGAAGGUAAUUACUUGGAGUGCCGGAAGGGAGAUGAUGCCGGCAGAGUUCACCUGUCUCAGAUGAAGAUCAUCACGCCACUUGACGAACAUCUUAGCAGCAGACCAAACGAUCCAAGCUGCCCUCAGAAGCCUGUUGACACUGGUGCCCCCCACGCUGUCGUCCUUCAUGAUUUCCCAGCAGAGCAAGCUGAUGAUUUGAGCCUCACUUCUGGAGAAAUUGUUCAUCUUCUGGAAAAAAUAGAUACAGAUUGGUACAGAGGGAAAUGUAGAAACCAGACUGGUGUAUUUCCGGCCAACUACGUCAAAGUGAUUAUUGAUGUUCCAGGAGGAAAUGGGAAAAGGGAAUCCAUCUCACCUCAUUGUGUUAAAGGCCCAAGGUGUAUUGCUCGAUUUGAGUAUAUUGGAGACCAGAAGGACGAGUUAAGUUUCUCAGAGGGAGAAAUUAUUAUUCUUAAAGAGUAUGUGAAUGAUGAGUGGGCGAGAGGAGAACUUGGAGACAGAUCUGGGAUCUUCCCCCUUAACUUUGUGGAACUCAUUGAGGAUCAUCCCACCUCUGGUACAAAUGUUUUAAGCGCAAAGGUACCACCAAAGACCAAAAAAGAAGAUUCUGGUGCAAAUUCUCAGGAGAACAAUCUUUGUGGAGAAUGGUGUGAAGCUCUGCACAGUUUCAUGGCAGAGACCAGUGAGGACUUAUCCUUCAAGAGGGGAGACCGGAUCCUGAUCCUGGAGCGAGUGGACUCCGACUGGUACAAGGGCAGGCUGCGGGACCGAGAGGGCAUCUUCCCCGCCGUCUUCGUGCGGCCCUGCCCAGCUGAGGCAAAAGGCAUGGCUGCUUUAUCGCUGAAGGGGAGGAAGGCCAAAGCCUUGUAUGAUUUCCAUGGGGAGAAUGAAGAUGAGCUUUCCUUCAAGGCUGGAGACAUAAUAACAGAGCUGGAAUCUGUCGAUGAUGACUGGAUGAGUGGAGAACUGAUGGGAAAAUCUGGAAUAUUUCCCAAAACAUACAUUCAGUUUUUACAAGUUAGCUAAAGGUGAUGCUUGACUGUGCUCCUCGGCACAAAAACUCACUUGAACUCUCACUUUGACUAUCAGAUAUGUUUUUGCACUAUUUUUUUAAACUGAAAGAAAUAUCGAUGCUGUAUACGGUAUACUAGAAUUUUCUGAAAGCAGAAAACAUCUUGAUUUUGUAGUUAGCUUUCAUUCGCAUUAGAAACAGGCUCAUGGAAACCCAUGAGCCCGUUUCUACCAAGGAGGACAUCAAGCAGGAGCAAGGCAGGCAGGCCCUUCCCCCAGCAGAGCGUCUGGCGACAGGGCAACAUUGGGACACUCAGAAGCGAACCCUGCACUGGGACAUCUGUGUUCACCAGCACAAGUAAAUUAACCGUGCUUCUUCAUUUUUCACUUCGGUUUUAAAAGAGGACAUGUGUUAUUCUACAUGCUGUAACUCUCAGGCGAUGGUUGGUAACCUAAAUUUCAUUUUUGACAUUCAAAUUAAUUCUAACAGCUUGAGAGCAUUAUCCUUAUGACCAGGGCAAGCCUUGUUUCAGAAGGGAGUAGUUCAUUGACUGGUGGAGCCUUGGUGAGCAUGUGGUGAACCAGCUCACAGUCACCAAAUGUUCCUGUGUUGCCAGAUGUUUUCCCUUUGUCCCAGCGUCUGAAAGUGGUUAAAGUCUGAUGCAUCUUGGUCAUAAGAACCAAAACCACCCUGAAAAGCCUUGCUAAUAUAACUAACUCUUUCACAUACCUGCAGUACUUAUUUCUUUCCUCUGUGUAUACUUUAUGUUAACAGGGUUAUUAUAAAGCACAUUUUCUGAUUCUGUAAUCAUUCUUUUGACAAUUACUGGUACUCAAAGAAAAAUUCAUUUUCUUUGCGUUACUCCAGUAAUAUAUUAAAGCUGUGUCUUGUAACAGUGGUACAUUAUGAAUCACAUACAUAUAUCUCAGAAUACAGAGCAACUGUUAAGAUGGGAAACAAUGCCAAACCCCCAGCUCAUUCUUCUAAAUAUAAUCAGAGCUAAAAAUAAUUUGAGAAUUUGAAGGCUAAUACUUUCAGGGUUUUUUUUUUCCCCCUAGCUCAUCCCUGCAGUUUUUCGAGUAAAUAAAAACCACUUUCCUGCUAUCCAUUGUUAUGCACUCCAGGCUUAAGAUAAAAGUCUUAAAGCUAAAAUGUGGUUCAUUGUGAGACCGAAUCAAUUACAGCUUCUGGGCUUAAGUCAAAUAUAUUGGUUGAAGACAAUCUUUCAAACAGAUCAAUGGAAUAGAAUUUCAUUGGAAAUGUAAAACACUUUCCCAACAAUGUUCAUAACUUUCUUCUGUUUUUGAGAAGAUUUUCAUAUGCUGGGCCGCCUUUUUGCUUUUGUUGUUGUUUCCAUUGUCCAAAAAGUUAGGCAGUUAAGUGAUGAAACCAUUAUGUGAACACCAUGUGGGAUUCUGUAACGAACGAGAGACUUACCUUGUCUUUGAUUAAAGUUCAUUUCCCAUUAUAUGGUUACAAUUGAUUUUGGGCUAUGGGAGCUGUUUUUUGUUGGUUUUUUUUAAACAUGUUUUGGGUAUAGAAGAUGGAAUAAAGAAAACGUCAAAUACUACUCAAGAGUAAGUUCAUAAAAAGUGGAUGGCUUAAAGCAUUGUCUCAACUAAAUUCCUAUUUGCAGCAAGCUUGUAUAACGCCAGGAAGGUGAGACUCGGGGGGACUGGGAUAGGGCAUGAGGUAUAUUUCUUUGCCUGUGUAAUCUUAACAUCUUAUAUUGAAAAUCAGGAAAACCUAGCUUUAUUGGAGAAAAAUAUUCCUCUUAAAUUUUGGCCUCUGUCAGCAGAAUGAUAAGUGCAAUAGGUGUAUAUCUACUUGACACUAUAAUAAACUGAACUGAACUUUUCAAA